AUGGCUACAAGUAAUGCAUUUCAUCGAUUUAUACAAGUUGAAUGGAAAGAUAGAAAUUUUUUACCCAUCGAUGGAUUAGAAACAAAUGAGAGCCCUACAACUAUAACACAAGCUCUCCAACGAGCAGGUAACCAUACUCAUAAUGUGGAGACUUAUGUAAAAGAUGCUGAAAAGCGUUUCAACGGCAAACACCUAGGUGAACUUACGUACGAUGAAUGUGCUGCUGUGUUUGCAUACACCAAAGAAAUAGGUGGAGAGAGUUUAUAUGCGUCAUUGAAUCAAGCAUUAUGUUCUGCAGAUAGGAAAGCACUCAAACCAUGGCUACCAUUUGUUCGGUUAUUCUAUUCUGCAAUUAAAAAAUUGCCUGAUCUUCCGACAGAAUGUUUCAGAGUUGGCAAAGCUGAAAUGUUAGAUCAAAUCCAACGAGAACAACGUAUUACUUGGUCUGGUAUAAGUUCUUGUUCAAGAGCGCCAAAAUUGAUUGCAAAACAGUGUCGUGAUCAAAAAUCAGUACUCUUUGUAAUCACCGCUAUACAUGCCAAAGAUAUUUCUAAAUAUUCAGCUGAUUCUGAUGUGAAAGAAGUACUUCUGAUGCCAGGCACUCGUCUGAAUGUGUCGCAUAUCACACGAGAUGAGAAAAAUAAUAACUUAAUGUUGGUAUAUUUACAAGAACUAAACACCGAACAAAACGAAGCAGGAAUAUCUACUCAGAUGAAACCCGGAAGUUCAUAUAAAACAGAAGCAUCUGGUGAGUAUCGACUUUUCUAUUCCUAG